UGGCCAGGGGAUCCACAGAGCCCAUCCUGAUCUCUCGGGGUGACCCAGCCCCAGUUCUCUUAUAUGAGAAGUGGGGCCGCGAUCUCCACCUCCAUUUGCCCCACGUGAAAGAGUGACUUAGGAGAAGAUGGGAGGCCGUGACAAAGCGCAGCGCUGAUUGUCCUCGGUGGCACUCAUUGCCGUCAUCCGCAUCCAGCUUAUUGUCCGUCCCUGUUUUCCCCGGCGGCGUCAAAGGGCAGGGGCCACCAGUGCCCGCCCCGUCCCGCCCCGCGUUCCGGAUCCCGGAGAGACCCGCGCUGUGGCCCGCCCGGCUGCUGCCUGAGCGCAGCGGCCUCGCGCCCGCCCGGAGGAAACCCGGCCGGCGCCAUGGCGGGCGGCCACCGCCUCCUGCUGGAGAACGCGCGCCAGGUGGUGCUGGUGUGCGCCCGGGGCGAGCGCUUCCUGGCCGGGGGCGCGCUGCGCAGCCUGGCGGUGCUGGAGGGCGCCAGCCUGGUGGUGGGCACUGAUGGGCUCAUAAAAGCUAUCGGUCCUGCUGAUGUUAUCCAACGUCAGUUUUCUGAAGACACUUUUGAAGAAAGAAUUGAUUGUUCUGGGAAAUGUGUCUUACCAGGUUUGGUGGAUGCACAUACACAUCCUGUCUGGGCUGGAGAAAGAGUUCACGAGUUUGCAAUGAAGUUGGCAGGAGCCACCUACAUGGAGAUCCACCGCGCUGGAGGGGGCAUCCACUUCACGGUGGAGCGCACGCGCCAGGCAUCGGAGGAGGAGCUGUUCGGCUCCCUGCAGCAGCGGCUCCAGUGCAUGGCGCGGGCGGGCACCACGCUGGUGGAGUGCAAGAGCGGAUACGGCCUGGACCUGCAGACGGAGCUCAAGAUGCUGCGUGUGAUCGAGCGUGCACGCCGGGAGCUGCCCAUCGGGGUCUCGGCCACUUACUGUGGGGCCCACGCAGUGCCUAAAGGGAAGACUGCCACUGAAGCUGCUGCUGACAUUGUUGCUAGCCACCUCCCAAAGCUAAAGGAACUUGGCAGAAAGGGGGAAAUACAGGUUGACAAUAUUGAUGUGUUUUGUGAGGAGGGUGUCUUUGAUCUGGAUUCCACCAGAAGGAUUCUUCAGAGCGGGAAGGAGAUAGGGCUACAGAUCAACUUCCAUGGGGAUGAACUUCACCCCAUGAAAGCUGCUGAGCUGGGGGCUGAACUGGGAGCCCAGGCCAUCAGCCACCUGGAAGAAGUGAGUGAUGCGGGCAUUGCUGCCAUGGCAACGGCCCAGUGCGCUGCAGUCCUCCUGCCCACCACGGCCUACAUGCUGAGAUUGAAGCAGCCUCGAGCCAGGAAGAUGGUAGAUGAGGGAGUGAUAGUUGCCCUGGGCAGUGAUUUCAACCCCAAUGCAUAUUGCUUUUCAAUGCCAAUGGUCAUGCAUCUGGCCUGUGUAAACAUGAGGAUGUCCAUGCCUGAGGCCUUGGCUGCUAGCACCAUCAACGCAGCCUAUGCACUGGGAAAGUCUCACACACAUGGGUCUCUAGAGGUUGGCAAACAGGGAGACAUCAUUAUCAUCAAUGCACCCAGAUGGGAACAUUUGAUUUAUCAGUUUGGAGGUCAUCAUGAAUUAAUUGAAUAUGUUAUAACUAAAGGAAACAUCAUCUACAAAAAAUGAUAGAUCUGAAAGGAAAGAAAAAAACCACUUCCUCUGGAUCAAAUAAGUUGAUACAGUUAUAUUUAAAUAAAAGCACUUGAGUUGCCAGAGUUAUGUAGCUUAAAGCCAAAUAUAUUUCAAUGUUCUAUUAGUCCACUUGAAAAAUCCCACAGAUUGAUUUGCUCAACUUGAACAUGUAUACUUGGAUAGAUGAACAUGUAAACCUACUGCGGUGAUCAUCUCAAAUUGUUUCACAAAGAUUGGUUACAAAUAUUCUGAAGAUUAAUAUGAAGAGGUAACUUAGAAAUGCCUUUGUGGGAAAAAUAGACUUGGCUUGAAAUUUCCAUUUUGCUUUUGCAUCUCCACUUUCAUUUUUUUAAACUAUAUGUAGUAGUCAUUGGUGGAUAGAAGGAAAGACAUCUUAAGUGACAUGACCCAAACAAAGCUAAAUGAUGCCCUUUUAUAAAAAGCUCACAGCUUGUCUGUCUUUAAAUGCAUUAGUGUCCCUGGUGCACAGUCCUUGAGCCUUUAAUGUCUUUCAACCUUAGCAACACAGCUCUGUAACAAUUUCAAGACUUGUUACUCUACAUAGAACUUUCCUGCAGUGAAUGCCUUUAGAUUAAUAUCAGUAAUGUAGCUUUAAAAAUUGUUUAUGUUUUUUAUUCUUUCCAUCACAAAUCUAUUUUAAAAAGGAUUUGAGUCAUUAUUUGCUGUGAUUACUAAUGUUGUUUCCUUAUAGUCCUGGAAAUAGAUCAUCAGUGUUGCCUGAGAUUUUUGAAUGAAGUUGAAUGAACGCUGUAUGUAAUUAUUUGCAGAGUGAGCAGUGGUGUUUCUAAAAUUCUGAAAAAAAAAUUUA